GCGGGAGAAAAGGAAGAGAAGGGGUCCCGCAUCGCAAUGAUUAACAAAAAUUAAUCUGGAUUAAGAUUUUAGAUUAUUAGUCUAUUGAGACAGCGAUCGAAAGUUCUGGGAAGCUCGAAUCGCCGGGAGAGAAGGUAAAACGACAUCGUUUCUGGUUUGAUCUGUUUGGUUGAUCGGAAAGAAGAGAGAUUUUGUGUUUGCCGAUGUUGUCGUAUGAUUUACCUCCGUGGAAACAAAGGCUAGCUAGGACAGUUAUGUUUAACCCUUAUUCAAUGCUUUCUGUUUCAGAAUAUGUCCGAAUGAAUGCUUCUGCUCAUGCUGCUGUUUUAUAAGGAAGGCAAAUAACAAGGAUUCAAUUUUUGGUAGUUUUUUUUAAUUUUUUUUUUUUUUUUUUUACGUUAGCCUUCUUUUGUACUUGCAUUAAAUCCUAUUUGCGUGCAUGCUGUUAAUCUGGACAAGAAUGAAGAACCUAAUUGAACCUGGGAAGCUCUAACCAUUAAGCAUUCGCGGCGUUUCGUUGAAGUUCCUCGUUUUCUCAUUGAUUGCAGAUAAAAAGAAGGUGGGACUUGUUUUAUGCUUGUUCCUUAACAGAAAAGCGCGGAUAGAGAAUUCUCCGUUUCGGGCUUCUGUCUUAAUUCGUUGUUCUGCAGAACAAGUUUCAUUGAUUUUCUCAACUGAGUUUGGCUCCGAGGAUCAAGUUUUCGCCUCUUGCGCAGCAAUCAGAUUUUUGCCAUAUAACUUAGAUGGCGGAGGGUAGUGUGCCUUGUGGGAUGCCUGAAACUGAUAUUACAACGCUAACUGAAGCACUUAGAGCACAGCAGCAACUGCUGCAAAAGCUUUACUAUGAUCUGGAUCAGGAAAGAGAAGCAUCAUCUACUGCAGCUGAUGAAGCUCUAUCCAUGAUAUUGCGUUUGCAAGGAGAAAAGUCCGCUAUGAAGAUGGAAGCGAGUCAAUACAAGAGAUUGGCGGAGGAAAAGAUCUGUCAUUCCGAGGAAGCUCUUGCCAUUUUCGAAGAUCUCAUUUAUCAGAAAGAAAUGGAAAUUGCUUCGCUUGAGUUCCAACUUCAGGCUUAUAGGCACAAGCUUUUAAGCAUGGGCUGCAGCACGGAGUUAGGCGCUGGUGAAAAUGUAUAUCCGGAGAACUUGUUGUUUCAAAGGAGUGAUUUUGGAAGUGGGGAAGCAGGUGUUAAUGGGAUGAUUAGAAGAAUAAACUCUCGAGGCGAUUUUGGCAGUGGGGAAACAGGUGUUAGCGGGGCUAUUAGAAGAAUCAACUCUCUACCUCCAAUUGAGCUCAAGGAAUUGCUCAAACAGAAAAGCACUAUGGAAAGAGAAAGAGAUAAAGAAAGAGAACGAGAUAGAGACAGACCAAUGAUCCCCAAACCCGAACCUGCUACAAAAAUACACGAGAAGAAGGUGGAGCAGGAAGUCAAUGUCCAGAGCCUAGAUGUAGAGAAGAAAUCUCCAAAUGAUGCAGGCGGGAACAUGAAUACAAUAUGGGAGCAGAUUAAGAAGUUAGAUGCGCGAGUGAAAGAGAUAUCCGAUUAUAAAGAUUAUGGUAGGGGAAAAUCUGUACUCUUGAAGGGUACUCCAUCUAGGACUAGUUCAUUGCCUCCAAUUCCGAAGACAUGCAUAAGCCCAAAAAAUGAACCUGACAGUGAAGAAAUUAUUGCUAGUUUGGAUCAACUUAAGCAGAGUGAGAAUCUACAGGGAAGGGAACCGAUUGUUAGCCCUUCGUGCUCCUCAAGCAUCCAUGAUGUCUUUGAAGUCCCACAAAGUUAUGAAAACAGUAAAGCUGGUGAAGGAGAGAAGAAAGAACCUAGUACAUUGACUGUGAGGCUUGGUAAGCCGGAUUUGGUGAUGAUUGAGACGACAGAAGCGUAUGUUAGAGAUGAAAUGGAUAGGGUAAAGAAAAUGUUGCAUAUCAAGAAGCAGGAGAACAAAAUACCUAAACCAAGAGACUGUGACAAGUAGUGCUGACUCAAAUGUGAGGGAGACAGCGGUGAGUGGUGGGGUUACUGAAUCUCAGCAAGCGAAAUUUCAACAGUUGUGGAGGAGAAUAGAGCGGCUCGAGGGAGAAAGGAAUAAUAUAAGGCAAGAAAUUAGUCAUGCGGGCGAAGAGGAGUUGAAGCUGUUCCAGGAGAUACACGAGCAUCUUAAUUUAAUACAGUCUGAAAUGCGUAGUUGGAAGCCUAAGAAACCCCGUCCCCAGGAUGAUAAGCCCUUGCACAAUGUUAUGGAGGCAAUGCUGCACUUUUGGCUUUGAUCAAGAUCCGGCGAUGCAGAUGAACUUCAUGCAUCAUCGGUUUUGAACGUGCUAUGCAAAAAAGGUUCCGUAACGAGUAUCCUGACUUUUUCUUCUCCAGUGAUUGGUGUGAACAUAUUCUCUGAUUUGGUUUUGGCAGCUCUAAUACAUAUAACAUACACAAUGAAAUUUUUGAAUCUGUAUAUUAAUCUUACCAAAAAAAAAUAUAUGUCUUCUUAGGAUUGUACGAUGGAUGCAUUCGUGUACAUUUUGUGAUUUUGAAAUUGAGAGGCGGUUGUAAGUGAUAUACAUACGGAAGGAGUGCUUUCUAAACAUACAUACCGUGUUUUACAUUUUCGAU